UUGAAGUCAACAAUUUGUACAUUUUUAUUUCUCUGUUCUGUUUUCAUUUUUUCUCGUCUCUGCCUUUCGAUCAUUUAGUGUUUGACUGCACUUCUUACAACCACGUACGCGCGCUGCUCGGAUAUUUUUACAUAUAUUGUCAAUUCCUUUUAUUUUUGGAUUUCGAGUUGUGUGUUGACAUUUUUAGUAAAGAAAAAAAUCAGAUCGCGUAACUGACGAUUAUCCAACAUAGGAAAUUAUAAUCGAACAUAAUUUUUACCGAGUAUUUUGGAUUAAAAUUAAGUUUAAGUGAAUAAAAAUAUAUUUUUGUGGAAGAAAAAAAUUAAAUAUGAAUUUUGUGCAAAAAAAUGAUUAAAUGAAUAAUUUCAAAAAGGGUUUUAUAUAUUUUUUUCAUAAAACCAGUUAAAAUUUUAAUAAACAAAAUAAGAAAAAUUUUAAAAGAGAUUGUUUAAACUUAAAUUUAAAAUAAUUUAAAACAGUGAAAAUGAUAACAACACAAAAUCGUUGUGCCGCCGCUAAUAUUUCAACAGCUAAUUUAAAAAACGGAACAGACUUUUCAAUUGCUGCAAUCAUGGCUCGUGAUGAGCUAAGUAGGGAGUCAUCUGAAUAUAGCAUAAGUCCCGCAUCAAUAGACCGCUUUCCUGAAGGAAAUGAAGAUGAAUUAGAUGUAGAUGUUGAGCAAUGUAGUGAUUCAGAAACUCCGUCCAGAUCACGAACGCCUAGAACCACAUCAAAUAAUUCACGAGGAACUUCGCCUAGUCCAUCAGAUGAGGAAAGACUCACACCCGAACCGAGUCGACCAAAAAUAACAGGCUCAUGUAACUGCGAUGAUUUGCGACCAGUGCAAUGUCAUUUGGAAACAAAAGAAUUAUGGGAUAAAUUCAACGAUUUAGGAACUGAAAUGAUUAUUACAAAAACAGGAAGACGAAUGUUUCCAACAGUGAGAGUGUCAUUUUCAGGACCAUUGCGUGGUCAACCUUCAGAUAGAUAUGCUGUAAUAAUGGACAUCGUGCCUAUGGAUUGUCGACGCUAUCGCUAUGCAUAUCAUCGAUCAUCAUGGCUCGUUGCAGGAAAGGCUGAUCCACCACCAGCAGCACGCCUUUAUACACAUCCCGAUACUCCUGUUAGUGCUGAUGCAUUGAGGAAACAAGUGAUAUCAUUUGAAAAAGUUAAACUCACAAACAAUGAAAUGGAUAAAAAUGGACAGAUCGUACUAAAUUCAAUGCAUCGAUAUCAACCGCGAAUUCAUUUGGUGCGUUUAUUACCUGGACAGAAUAUUCCAACGACACCGAAAGAGCUCGCUGAUUUAGAUCACAAAACAUAUGUAUUUCCUGAAACCGUAUUUACCGCUGUAACUGCGUAUCAGAAUCAAUUAAUUACCAAGCUGAAAAUUGAUUCAAAUCCAUUUGCGAAAGGUUUUAGAGACUCAUCGAGGCUAACUGAUUUCGAUAGAGAUCCUAUGGAUGCAUUACUUUUGGAGCAACACUUAAGAUCGGCACCUCUUGGACUUUUUCCAGAUCCUAUGAUGGCACAACUCAUGCCUCAAUCAAUGGACGCUGCACUAAUAGAAAAAGCGAGGCAGCAUCUUCAAAUGUGGGGACGCUCACCAUAUGCAGAAAUGCUCUUACCACAAAUGUAUGCUCAACGACCAAAUAUAAAUGCAGCAGCUUUAAAUCUUGGAUUGUGGCAAGGUCAAUGGCCAUCACAAUUAACAGCAGCAGCUGGAUUUUUAAAUAAUCAAGCAGCACUUCAACAGGCAGCAGCUGUAGCUCAGCAACAAGCUAGAAGUCCACCACAUCCACCUCAAGCUAUAACACCUAAUAGCUCAGGAUCACCGUCACCAUCAUCACACGAUAUGAGAUCAAAACACUAUCCACCUCGUUUUAGUCCUUAUCAAUUACCACCUUCAUCACAUACGCAGACUUCUCCACAAAUAAUGAUAAAACCUUCACAAAGUCCACCACUAAGAAGAUCUCCUGAGCACUAGAUAUAAAUUAAACGAAAAUUAGUCAAUUGGUUAUGUGUACAUUAAUUCAUGUAGUUCAAUAGCUCUAUUGUAUAUUAGAAAUCCAUUUGAAAAUAUGUGUUAUUACUAUCGUUUAAUUUUAAAUUGAUAAUUCAUAUAAAAAUGUCGCUGUGUUGUUUAGUUUUUAAUAUUUUUUUUUUAAUUUCGUAGUUUUUAAAUUUUUCAACAAGUUAAUGUGUAGGUAAUUAGAUUGUUAUGUAUCAAUAUCAAUCGGCACAAUGUGUACUUCAUUUCAUUGAAAAGAAAAGUGUUAAACCUGUGAAUAACAAAAGUAGCUUUUAAAAAAUUCAAAUUUUAUGUAAAUGUAUAAAAUAGUUUUGAUUUUGCCUAAAAUUAUUAAGUUUAUUUCACACUUUAGGCUAAUAUUUUGACUAAGAAUAAAAUUGAAGCAUGUGGAAGAAUUUAUAUGAUUUAAAGUCAUUGUUUGAACUAAUUUCAACACAUUUAAAUCUAAAUUGGACGAUAAAUCUAUAGAAAUGUACUAUAAAAGUUGAAUGAGUUCUUCAUCAUUUUAUGAAAUGGUAAUCAUGUCAUAUCUGUAAAUUCAAGAAAAAAUGAAUGUUGCAAUAAUUGUAAAAUAAACAAUUCCUAAUUAAUUAGCACUUAGUUUUCUCGAUUGUAUUACAAAAAUAAAUUAUUAAAGUUCAUUAAUUAUUUCAUGCAAUUUUUUGCACGAAGAGUUU